AAGACAAACAGGAAGAGCCAACUAGGAACGGCGCUUUGAGGAGGAAGUGGCAGUGGUGGGGGGAGGGACGAGCACAGAGGAGGCUUCUGGGAGUUCGGGGACAGGAAGAGGAGCAAGGCAGCCGGAAGGACACGAUGCUCCCAGCUCUCCAUCAGGCGAGUCCCCCGCCGGUUGCUAGACAUGCACCGUAUACGGACAGCUGAGACCCACCACCGGGGAGCAGCCGCAGCACCAUGACCUGGAGCUCCGGACUUGUCCAAGUUAUUCUGCCUUCACUUCUUGCUUCACAAGCUGUCCAUAGCCAGUGAGGAGCAAUCCAGCGCCGCAAGAUGGAUGGUCGCCAUGUCGCCUUUUCUGAAGAGAGCAGAAGUGGAGUUUUGGUCAUCUCUUCCGCUAUGUGCUGAUUGUCUGUAUUUACAGAAGAUAUAUAAGAAAGACAAACUUUAUUUUGGAAAGGUUUAUUGAUUCCAGUGGAAUCUGUGCUUAAGUUUCCCUUCGCUUUGCGAGCCCUUAUAUUUUAGAAGGACGCCAUGCCUGUACAAGCGCCGCAAUGGACCGACUUUCUGUCCUGCCCUAUUUGCACCCAAACUUUUGACGAAACAAUCCGGAAGCCCAUCAGUCUAGGCUGUGGACACACAGUUUGCAAGAUGUGCCUGAACAAGCUUCACCGCAAGGCUUGUCCAUUCGAUCAGACCACCAUCAACACAGAUAUUGAGCUUCUUCCUGUCAACUCUGCUCUCCUGCAGCUGGUGGGAGCUCAGGUGCCUGAGCAACAACAGAUCACCCUCUGUGGAGGAUGUGGAGCAGAGGACACCAAACAUUAUGAGGAAGCUAGGAAGUGUGUAGAAGAGUUAGCUCUGUAUUUAAAGCCCCUUAGCACUGCAAGAGGUGUAGGUCUCAACAGCACAACUCAAAGUGUGCUGAGUCGCCCAAUGCAAAGGAAACUGGUAACACUUGUGCACUGCCAGUUAGUUGAAGAGGAGGGACGUAUUAGAGCUAUGAGAGCAGCUCGUUCACUGGGAGAGAGAACAGUCACUGAGCUUAUCUUGCAACACCAAAAUCCUCAACAACUGUCUUCUAACCUUUGGGCAGCUGUCCGUGCCCGUGGCUGCCAGUUUCUAGGACCAGCUAUGCAGGAAGAGGCACUAAAGCUUGUCCUCCUGGCUCUGGAAGAUGGAUCUGCACUCUCACGGAAAGUCCUUGUUUUAUUUGUGGUGCAGAGACUUGAACCGCGGUUCCCCCAAGCCUCGAAAACUAGCAUUGGGCAUGUUGUCCAGUUGCUUUACAGAGCUUCUUGCUUUAAGGUAACAAAACGUGAUGAAGACUCCUCCCUUAUGCAGCUGAAGGAGGAAUUUCGCACCUACGAAGCACUGCGUCGAGAACAUGAUUCUCAGAUUGUUCAGAUUGCUAUGGAAGCCGGAUUGCGCAUUGCUCCUGAUCAGUGGUCCUCCCUCCUCUACGGGGAUCAGUCACAUAAAUCACACAUGCAGUCCAUCAUUGACAAGUUGCAGACCCCAGCCUCGUUUGCUCAGAGUGUCCAGGAACUGACCAUUGCUCUACAAAGGACUGGAGACCCUGCAAAUCUUAAUAGACUUCGGCCUCAUUUGGAGUUGUUGGCAAACAUAGACCCAAGUCCAGAUGCCCCUCCUCCAACUUGGGAGCAGUUAGAGGAUGGUCUGGUGGCAGUGAAGACUGUAGUGCAUGGAUUAGUGGAUUAUAUUCAAAAUCAUAGUAAGAAGGGAACAGACCAACAGCAGCCUCCACAGCACAGCAAGUACAAGACAUACAUGUGUAGAGACAUGAAACAGAGAGGAGGCUGUCCCCGUGGGGCAAGCUGCACCUUUGCCCAUUCUCAAGAAGAGUUAGAAAAGUUUCGAAAAAUGAACAAACGUUUAGUUCCAAGACGGCCACUCAGUGCUUCACUUGGUCAGUUAAAUGAGGUUGGACUACCUAUAGGAGUACCUGAUGAAGGUCCUAUGGACUUACCACCCCGAAAGCCUAGUGGGCUUCCCAACGGCAUCAUGCCAGGAAGCUCAGUGACACAGCUCAUCUCAAGGAGUACAGAUUCUAGCUUUGAGUCAGUACUGAAACCAGUAAAAUUGGAUCACUUAAGCAGCAGUGCACCUGGAUCUCCCCCAGAACUGCAUGAUUCGGUCUCCAAGACAUCUAUGUCUGCUUUGCCUAUCAACUCUCAUCCCGCUGCUUCGCGUCUCUCCAGCGAUUUGCCGGUUUCCAAGCAGAUCCAAAUGGUGCCACGAGGUUCACAGAUAUAUGCCCCUCCUCCAGCUGAUACAUUUUACCAAGAAUGUCGGGUAGGUGGACCCCCAUUUGAUGCAGCUCCCUAUGCACAAGGUGUCUAUUACCCCCCUCAAUCUUCCCAAUGUGUUUCACGCUUUGUCAGACCACCUCCUGCUGCCACUGAACCAGCCAACGCCUACCUCGACCACUAUACCCCAUACUUGCAGGACAGAGUUGUCAGCACACAGUAUGGCACCCCCACUCAGCAGUACCAGGCAAUGGUACCCACCCAGUACCAGCCACAUUAUGACAACCGUCGUGCUUAUCCCUCAAAUGCACCACCUUACCAAAGGGAGGACAUGGUUCGCGCCAGUCCGGUGCCUCUGGAAAUGCCUCCAUCUGCUGCCUCACCUUAUGUUCCUGAAUCCAGAGAGAGAUACCAGGGAAUUGAAGGUUAUUAUACACAUCCAGGACAGGUCAGGCCUUCAUAUCAUAGGGAGCCAUAUAUUCGUUUGCCUCCUCAGCACACAGCACAGUCUCACCCCAGCCUGGAUGAACUUCAUAGACGCCGCAAGGAGAUCAUGGCUCAGCUAGAAGAAAGAAAAGUUAUUUCCCCUCCACCCUUUGCGCCCUCACCCACUUUGCCUCACAGCUUCCACCCAGAUGAGUACCUUGAUGAAGAAUUAAAAGUACCUGGAAAAUUUAAAGGGAAUGAUUACAGUCAGUAUUCACCCUGGUCCUGUGAUACAUUCGGCUCCUACAUUGGAACCAAAGACAACAAAUCCAAAGAUCUUUCAGCUGGUGGGAGUGUGGACGUAGCUAAUGUUGACGGCAAAUCCCUACGAGACCAACGCAUUGAGCUUCAUCGAAGAGCUGCAGAGCCUGGUGAGGAUGAUCUAAUCCCAUUUGGAGACCGACCCACCGUUUCUCGCUUUGGGGCUAUCUCCCGCACAUCAAAAGCUCUUUACCAGCCACCAGUCCCAAUGCAGCAGGCCAUGGCAGCCCAAGGAGCUGCCAAAUCUAAUAUUACAGAUUACAGCUUGUACAGCAGUCACAGUGGCUUGAGUGGUCCAUCAUAUCCAACCCAUCAAAACCUUCCUUCUCAGGGACAUUUGAGUGAGCGGGAAAGGAUAUCCAAGCCUUUGCCAACAUCUGAACGAGAACAACUCAGGAUGGAAUUGCAGCAAGUGAACCAGCAGAUCAGUCAGCAAACACAAAUGCGUGGCAUGGAGGUAGCUACUAACCGCAUGCUAUUGAGAGAGGCAUCUUCUCAUGGAAACCAGCAGCAGCCACCCCCACCACAACCGCCAGCCAAGUGGCCCAGCAUGAUGUCCAGUGAACAGCUCAGCCUUGAACUUCAUCAAGUGGAACGGGAGAUUGGGAAGAGAACACGUGAACUCGGCUUGGAGAGCCAUUCAUUGAGUAUGAAAAACAAACCAGAAACAAUCAAAGUAGAAAACGGCCAACUGGAGGCACCAACUGUUCUGACACACGACCUCCCACUAACAUUCAGCAGUGAGGUGCCAAAUGGAUCCGGCCUGACACAGGACAUCACUUUGUUGUCUGGCAAGACAGCAUCUUUAACUCUUUCAGAAGAUCCCCAAGUCGGAGGGGACAAGAGUGAGCCGCUGAGAUCUGGAGUUAAUUCCACUGCUGCUCCUUAAUCUGUGAAGGCCAUCUAACCCACGUACCUGACACCACCCUUAACCACCCCUCUUUUUUUUUUUAAAAAAUAUUGAUUGAAGGUGUUUUGGUCUAGUGGGUAGAAAACAAAUGGAGUAGCUAUUUUGUAUUAUGUUUUUUUGUUUUGUUUUUUUUUUUGGAGGGAGGGAGAAGACAGAGCAAGUCAAGAUUUUUAAGUGGACAAUGAUUUUGCAUUACUUACCUAAACCCCGUUUUUGGGGGUCUAGGAGGAAGAAAAUCUGUGACCAUGCUCCUCUUCCUCCUCUUCUCCAAAGCAUGACUGUCUACAUAUAUAAUGUGCAUUGAAAACACCACUAUAAAGAACAACCUCUGCACAUAUUUUCACGUUAACACAUUUUUUAAUAAAAAAAUAUACUGAAUACAAAAUAUAUAUUAAAAAGACACAGAUGAAAAUUAGCAGUAUCUGCAAGCAAUUCAAGAUUAGUUGUUUUUGUUCUGUGAAUGAACUUAAUUUUAAUAACUUUGAAUGCCUUGGAUGCAAGGCUUUAAAGGCGAAAAGGAAGAUAUUAUAUAUAUAUAUACUCUGUUUGAUUAAUUGUACGAUCUUAUUGCUGUAGAUUACAUUUAUUUUUUCUUGUUUUAUUUGGAUGGUAUUACAUAGCCAGUAACUUAGCCAUGCAAGCCAGACCUACCUAAAAAGAUAUGAAUAUUUGGCCUGUUCUGACCUUUUCAUAAAGCUGAGACACUAAUCUAGGAAAAUCGCCCUUCUCUUUGUAUAAAUAAAAUUGCAUCCUGUUCUGCAAAGCUGAUAGCAAGAGUAUAUUCAAAUCAACCUGGAAUUGUAGCCCAUCAUCCUCUGGGUAUUUACCUGACCUUAGUUACCAGAGAACAUUUCGGUUUUAUCAGUUUCAAAGGAGGCUGGUCAUGCAUGGCAGCUAAAUGAAAGACUCUAUUGUCACUUACCACCGUUUUCCAUAGCUAACAUCAUUAGAAGAAGAGAAGCCUCAGACAGUUCCAUGCCCCAUAGCACAACCGUUAAAGCAGAUAGAUGCUAUUCUAUUGCAUUAUCUCUGCAGGAUUAAACAAAAUUGGCUAUGUAAUAACUUCCCACAUCGUUAUGGUGGGUUAAAAGCGAGAAUUAAUUAUUUUGUUUCUUGUAAUUUCUUAGUGUUUUUUUAUUUCUCCCCCCCCCCAUUAUUUCUUUCCUCUCUAUUGCCUGUUGGGCCAGUGUCCGCCUCAGCGCUAUGUUCAACGAAUCCUAUUAAGAAAGAAGUUAAAAGAAAAUUGUACGAUAUACGUACCUUUCAAGGUGAAAAUAUGGGUUUUGGGUCCCACAAUUGCCUACCAGUUGAGGUUUCCAAACUGAAGGUGCUUGGAAAGAAGCACCUGUUUGAUUUUCCUUAUUGCCAAGAGGAGGCACCGCGUUUAAUAUACUGUUUCACAUUGAAUUAAAUUGAACAUUUCGGACCUGCUGGUCACACAUUUGAUAUUUACAUAUAUUAGCUUGGGGUUCAAGCUAACUCUAUUUUUUUUUCUUUUCUUUUUUUAAUUUAAAUAAUGACCAUAGAUUAUAUUAUAUGUGUGUGUGUGUAUAGAUAUAUGCAUGCAUAUAUAAAAUAUUUUUAAGAAUUACUUUUUUUUCUUUUUGGAUGAGUGCAGCUGGUGCAGGAAUGUCUUUCUUCUUUAUAAUGUAGAGUUUUCUUGCCUCUAGAUCUUAAUCAUACUAGCAAUCAAAGCAUAAUAUAAAAUUUAUUCAUUUAUUUUGACAGCAGGACACAAUAAAA